ACGCCUUCGAAACAUUUCUGGCAAAGCAUCGGGCGAUCAGCAUGAGCCGACCGCAGUACUACACGCAGGACACACACGACUCUGUGGCAGCACACGAUGAUCCUAUGGAGAACGUCGAGGUGUGGCAAGACACCACGGCGGAGCGAGGGUACAACACAUACCUGGUGCAGCAAUCUAGCGUCAUGGACAGCUCACAUUCCAACGAAAGCAAUUUGCAAAGCGGCGGUGCUCGCCCAACAUUUGGCGACCGACAAACCAUGGCUGACAGAGGGACGAUCGCAGCAGCACGACCAGAUAUCCGUAUUGGCAAGGUUGAGGACGGCGACCGGCCGACCAAGACUUCUGGUCGCAAGCGUGUGUGGCCUGGUUGGCUGCUCUUGUUUCUGAUGGUCGCUGGCUCGCUCUUUGGCAUCACGUGGUUUUCCAUCAAGCUGUACAAGGCGGCCCAAAAGCAGCAAGAAAAGGCCGAGUUUAUCCUCAACCGCACGCCGCGACCCAUCACGCCCGCUAAAAUCUGCGAACAGCCCGACUUUAUCAACGACAAAGGCGUGAUCUACGCCACGUACAAGAGCGCGCCGCCCCAGAAGAUCGUCAUCACGGGCAUCAACUGGAGCGGCAUGGAGAACUCGGAGGGCGUGCCCCAUGGCCUCGCGUUUGGCCAAGCCGCCUUGGACGACAUUGUCGAGCGCAUGGCCAAGCAAGGCAUGACGGCGGUGCGGCUGCCGCUGAACGUGCUCAUGAUCAACUCGAACGCGGCACCCAACGUGAAGGACUUUGUGGACCCGGUGGUGAACCCCGAGCUCGUCGUGUCGGACUACAUGACCAUGAUCAAGAAGAUCGUCCAGGGGCUGGCCAAGAAGGGCGUGUCGGUGCUGCUGGACAUCCACAAACUGGACCCGGCCGUGGAGGGCAAGACGGAAGGGCUGUGGUACAGCGCCACGGUGCCCGCCUCAGCCAUCAACCAGGCCAUCCAGACGUUGGCCACGGACCUGUGCAACUCCAACUACUACAACGUGCUCGGCGUGGACCUCAAGAACGAGCCACACGACGGCUGCUGGCCCGGGGGCGCGGCUGACGUUUCCUGUCCAGACGCCAAGAAUUGGCCCAAGGCCGCCGCCAAGCUGGCCGACACGAUGCUCGCGGCAUGCCCCAAGUGGAUGGCGUUCGUCGAGGGGCUGGCGUCGGCGACGCUGACCAACCACGGAUUUGUGACCAAGGCAGGACCCAACACGACACUGUACUACCAGGAGUGGUGGGGUGCGGCGCUGCAGAACGUGACCAAGUACCCCGUGCCCGUGGCGCCGGCCCACAAGAACAAACUCGUGUACGUGCCGCACUUUUACUCACCCAGCGUGUACCCGGCGCCGUACUACUUUGCGUCGUUUGCGAGCGCGGGGGGAGGGGCGGUGGUGGAGGAGUGGCCAACGACCGCCGACGGCAACGCCAGUCUCAAGGCCAAUGUGUACCGGGCGCUGGACUUGGCGUUCGGGAACGCCGUCAAGAACAUCGAGUCGCCCGUCAUGUUUGGCGAGUUUGGCGGGAUUUACGGCGCCAAGGACCUCUUCCCGCUCAAAACGUCGUCGCGCGUGAUCGAGCUGUUUGUCCAGUACUCGGCCGACCGCAACAUGUCGGGGGGGUUCGCGUGGAGUUUGAACCCCGAUAGCGUGUACCAGUUCAACGGAGACACGUCCAAGGCUGGCGAGUUCAACUAUGGACUGUACGAGAACGACCCCGUGCGUCCGUGGAGCGCCUACAACCAAGACUACUCGGACGCACUGCUCAAGUUCAAAGGCACCGGCACCAUCGACUGCGUCAAGAUCGACGCCGCUGGUAACGACACGACCACCACCACCACGACUACAGCAGGGCCAGCAGUCGUCGUUCCAACCAGCACGACAGCCCCAGUAUCAACAGCAGUCUUGACGACGAAGAAGCCAUAACUAGCUGACAACCAAUGGUUUUGGCUUGAAUAGCUUUUUCCUUAUUCCAGUGUCUUGUGGUGACACCAACACAAUGCUCUAUCAAACAUGUGUGUGCCCACAGGUUACUUGUAAGUA